AUGGGUGAGCAUGUAUUUCUAAGGGUUACUCGGACAAAAGGAAUUGGAAGAGUGAUUAAGAUGAAGAAGUUGAAUCCAAGGUAUAUAAGACCGUUUGAGAUUUUGAGACAAGUCAGGCCGGUGGCAUAUCAAGUAGCCUUGCCGCUGCGUUUGUCUAACUUACAUGACGUAUUCCACAUGUCACAACUCCAUAAGUAUACGUUGGAUGCGGCUCAUGUGUUAGAGCCUGAAUUGGUUAAGUUGAAGGAGAACCUGACUUUUCAAGUAACACCGAUGCGGGUUGACUACAUUAGUGUGAAGAAGUUGCGUAGAAAGAAAGUUCUGUUGGUUAAGAUAGCUUGGAAGAGAGUAGGAGUGAAAGAGCACACUUGGGAAUUUGAGUUUGAGAUGCGAAAGGAUUAUCCCAAGUUAUUCUCAGUGCUAACCAUUAGUGAGGAAUUGUUGGGUUUCAUCCUCGAUUUCUGUAGAUAA